AUGCUUCGAGGCCAACUCCUGCCCUGGAGAACCGUCCUCCACAACGGUCAGCGCACAGUUUGUCGGGAUUGCAGGCGUCAGAUCUUGCAGCGACAUGCCUCAUUCUAUUCUGUGUCCGCUCGACAGCCUGCAAGUUACCUCUCCGCGAGUCCCAAGUUGAAUGGAUUACAAAUACGACAGUUCUCAUCCCACCCUGUCCGUCGGAAAGACAAACCUCCUGAAGAUGACCCCUCCGCGAACAACGAAGAGCCGGACACAAAACCAAAGAAGGUCGAAGAUGAAAUAGAAGAGGCUCCCCGGACCGAAGACAGCGCUGAGGCCAAGAAAUCCCCGUCCGAGCCGCAACCCAUACCUCAAUCCUCAAGUGAGGGGAGACCUGCAGGCGCAGCUGGCAACGGAAGCGAUGCCACGUCGAGCUCAGCCCAGGGUUCCGUUCCUAACGAAGGGUCCAAACGUGGACGUCGUACCACCCAAAUCUCGAAGCCCACCGUCCCCGAAACCUACCCGCAGGUCAUGGCCAUACCUAUUGCCAAACGUCCUUUGUUUCCUGGAUUUUACAAGGCCAUCACUAUCCGAGAUCCUAAUGUGGUCGCAGCCAUCCAAGAGAUGAUGAAGCGAGGACAGCCCUAUGUUGGGGCUUUCCUGUUCAAAGAUGACACAGCAGAUAAGGAUGUCAUUGACAAGAUGGAUGACGUUCAUGAUGUGGGAGUCUUCGCCCAAAUUACCAGCGCUUUCCCCGUUCAUGGCGAUGAGCAUAGCCUGACUGCGGUGCUAUAUCCGCACAGAAGAAUAAAAAUGUCAAGUCUGCUACCUCCUUCGACCUCCGGCGAGCAAGGAGCAGUGGCGGUUGCUGAAAUCCUCCCUGCGAAUGAGCAAAAAUCCAAAGCCGACGGGACCGAGGGUAAGGGUGAUGUUGUGGCAAGUUUCGAGGAGCCUGUAAAAGAAGUGAAAGCCCCUCAAGCCACUGUUUAUGAGCCGACAGCAUUCCUACGUAAAUACCCUGUUUCUCUGGUCAACGUCGAAAACCUUACUGAGGUUGCACACGACAAGAAGAGUGAUGUGAUCCGGGCACUUACUUCAGAGAUCGUCAAUGUCUUCAAAGAGGUAGCCACAAUAAACACAAUCUUUCGUGACCAGAUAUCCGACUUCAGCGUCUCACAAUCAGCAGGCAAUGUCAUUGAAGAACCUGCAAAACUUGCCGACUUCGCUGCAGCUGUCUCAGUGGGAGAAAUCGAUGAAUUGCAAGACAUUCUGCAAACCAUGAAUGUGGAGGAACGUCUUCACAAGGCUCUCGUUGUUCUCAAGAAGGAGCUGAUGAAUGCCAAACUCCAGACAAAAAUUUCCAAAGAUGUCGAGAGCAAGAUCCAGAAACGCCAACGUGAAUAUUGGCUUAUGGAACAGAUGAAAGGCAUCCGUCGAGAACUCGGUAUCGAAGUUGAUGGGAAAGACAAAUUGGUUGAGAAAUUCCGGGAACGGGGACAGAAAUUGGCAAUGCCAGAAGCUGUCAAGAAGGUGUUUGACGAGGAACUCAACAAACUUGCACAUCUAGAACCGGCUGCAUCAGAAUUCAACGUCACGAGGAAUUACCUUGACUGGAUCACCCAGAUUCCAUGGGGUCAAAGAAGCGCUGAGAAUUUUGGGAUUAAGAAUGCCAUGACCGUGCUUGAUGAGGACCAUUAUGGCCUGAAAGAUGUCAAAGACAGAAUCCUUGAAUUCAUUGCUGUUGGCAAACUUCGGGGUACAGUAGAAGGCAAGAUCCUAUGUUUCGUCGGUCCCCCAGGCGUGGGUAAGACUUCGAUCGGAAAGUCGAUUGCUCGCGCUCUCAAUCGGCAAUACUACCGUUUCAGUGUGGGCGGUCUCACAGAUGUUGCUGAGAUCAAGGGACAUCGACGUACUUAUGUUGGAGCUCUCCCUGGUCGCAUCAUCCAAGCGUUGAAGAAAUGCCAAACCGAGAAUCCGCUUAUUCUAAUCGACGAGGUUGACAAGAUCGGCCGAGGUCAUCAAGGUGAUCCUGCUUCUGCACUUCUCGAGUUGCUCGAUCCAGAACAGAACUCCAGCUUUUUGGACCAUUACAUGGAUGUCCCAGUGGACUUGUCCAAGGUCCUCUUCGUCUGCACUGCCAAUCUCACUGAUACCAUUCCCCGUCCUUUACUAGAUCGAAUGGAGCUCAUUGAAUUGAGUGGCUAUGUUGCUAAUGAGAAGAAGGCUAUUGCCGAUCGAUACCUCGCCCCGCAAGCCAAAGAGCUUUCUGGCCUGAAAGAUGUGGACGUCACUCUUGACGAGUCUGCUAUCGAGGAAUUGAUCAAUAAGUACUGCCGCGAAUCCGGUGUCCGCAAUCUCAAAAAGCAAAUAGAGAAGGUCUAUCGCAAAUCAGCAUUGAAAAUUAUCCAGGACCUUGGAGAGGAUGCCUUACCAGAGUCCGAGGCCUUGACUGAUGAGGGCAAGGCUGCUUUGGAGGAAAGUAAGAAGGACGAUACCGACGUCAAAACCACCCCAGAAACCAUCGAGAACGAAACAACAGAAAAGCCUCGAGUUGCUCUGAAAGUCCCUGACACCGUUCAUGUCAACAUCACCAAAGAUAACCUGAAAGAUUACGUUGGCCCUCCCAUCUUUACAGCCGAUCGUUUGUACGAGACGACGCCUCCAGGUGUGACCAUGGGUCUUGCAUGGACUAGCAUGGGAGGUGCAGCACUUUAUAUCGAAUCAAUCCUUGAAUCUGCAUUAUCACAUCAAAGCCGACCCGGCUUCCAGCAAACUGGAAACCUCAAGAACGUCAUGAAAGAAUCAACAGCCAUCGCCUACUCCUUUGCGAAAUCUGUCAUUGCCAACAGAUUCCCUAAGAACAGGUUCUUUGAUCAUGCAAAGAUCCAUCUGCAUUGCCCUGAAGGUGCCGUACAGAAGGAUGGACCUUCUGCUGGCAUCACAAUGGCCACCUCGCUAUUGAGUUUGGCGAUGGAUAAGAAAGUCGAUCCUGCUCUAGCUAUGACGGGUGAAUUGACGGUGACGGGUAAAGUUUUGAGAAUCGGUGGGUUGAGAGAGAAGACUGUCGCAGCAAGGCGAGCAGGAUGUUCUAAGAUUCUUUUCCCCAAGGACAAUUGGGGCGAUUGGUGCGAGUUGCCAGAGAACAUCAAGGAAGGAAUUGAAGGCCAUGCUGUCGACUGGUACAAUGAUGUGUUUGAACUCGUCUUCCCCGACAUCAAGAAAGACGAGGUCAACAACCGGUGGAAGUCCGCUUUGAAGGAGAAAGAUUCCGACAAGAAGUCGAGGAAAAAUAAGGAAAAAGACGAGGAGAAUGAGUCUGACUCCGACGACGAUUGA